AUGGAGAAACAAGGGCAGAAUAGUGGACCAAUUGACCUAGACAAGACAACGGCAACAUUGGAACCUGAUAACAUUAGUGGCGGGGGUUUAUAUAUUCCUGGAAAGGAUAGAGUAGUGUUCAAAGCUCCGGAGAGGAAAUCACUUCUAGGGCUUGAUGUCCUUGCGGAUGUGAAGCGGGGAGGAUCUAAGAUCGAGGAUGCAUUCAAGGUUCCAAGAGAAAAAGUUGCUUCUAUUGUGGCAUCACUGGAUGAAGAGGAGUCUUCAUCCUCAGGAAUUGAUAAAGUAGGAAGUGAUGAAUCCAGUGGUGCACGCAACUACACUAGUAGACAAUAUCGUGAACCUUUUGCGAGUGAAGCAUCUAAUUCAGAAAGUAUAGUGACUGAAGAAGGAGAAGUUGGAGACAUGCCUGCAAGGCAGCGUUCAAUGGCACGUAUGCGUUCUGAGUGUCUCGGAAUACAAAAUAUUGCUUCUUUCUCAUCGACAUUGUCAUUAUGCAGGUAUGAUAGAGAAGAAGGAAAUACGAUGUUCGAUGUGGAUAGCUCAUCAUUUUUUCUUGGCGAUGAGGCUUCGAUGCAAAAGAAAGAGGCAGAAUUGGCCAAAAAACUGGUUCGAAGGGAUGGAACCAAGAUGACACUUGCUCAGAGCAAAAAGUUAUCACAACUCACUGCGGAUAAUGCUCAAUGGGAGGACCGGCAACUUCUUAGAUCUGGAGCUGUUAGAGGUACCGAGGUACAGACUGAAUUUGAUAACGAGGAAGAACGGAAAGUUAUUCUUCUUGUUCAUGAUACGAAGCCCCCUUUCCUGGAUGGGAGGAUUGUUUUCACAAAGCAAGCAGAACCAAUAAUGCCAAUAAAAGAUUCCACAUCAGACAUGGCUAUAAUAUCACGAAAAGGAUCUGCCUUGGUACGGGAAAUUCAUGAAAAACAAAGCAUGAACAAGUCACGUCAACGCUUUUGGGAGCUCGCUGGCUCAAAACUUGGUGAUAUCCUUGGGGUUGAGAAGACAGCAGAACAGAUUGAUGCAGAUACAGCUGUGGUGGGUGAAGAUGGCGAAGUUAAUUUCAAAGAAGAGGCCAAGUUUUCUCAGCACUUAACGAAGGGGGAAGCAGUGAGUGAUUUUGCGAAGUCAAAAACACUAGCACAACAACGGCAGUAUCUGCCUAUAUUUUCUGUUCGGGAUGAGUUAUUGCAGGUAAUUCGUGAAAACCAGGUUUUGGUGGUUGUUGGAGAAACAGGUUCUGGAAAGACAACACAAUUAACCCAGUAUCUGCAUGAGGAUGGCUAUACAACAAAUGGUGUCGUGGGUUGCACUCAACCAAGGCGUGUAGCAGCCAUGAGUGUUGCCAAAAGAGUUAGCGAAGAGAUGGAAACUGAGCUUGGCGAUAAGGUUGGGUAUGCCAUUCGUUUUGAGGACGUCACUGGCCCAAGCACUGUUAUUAAGUACAUGACUGAUGGCGUACUACUACGGGAGACACUGAAAGAUUCUGAUCUUGACAAAUAUCGUGUUAUUGUAAUGGAUGAAGCACAUGAGAGAUCACUGAGCACAGAUGUGCUUUUUGGGAUCCUUAAGAAAGUUGUUGCCCGACGUCGUGAUUUCAAGCUUAUUGUGACGUCUGCCACUCUAAAUGCUGACAAAUUCUCAAAUUUUUUUGGAAGUGUACCAAUUUUCCACAUCCCUGGAAGAACCUUUCAUGUGGACAAGCUGUUCAGUAAAACUCCAUGUGAAGAUUAUGUUGAAGCUGCGGUGAAGCAGGCUAUGACCAUCCACAUCACUAGUGGCCCGGGUGACAUACUAAUCUUCAUGACCGGUCAAGAUGAGAUUGAGGCAACCUGUUAUGCCCUUGCAGAACGCAUGGAACAACUCAUUUCCUCAGCAAAGCAAGCUGUCUCUAAGCUGUUGAUUCUUCCUAUAUACUCCCAGCUUCCAGCUGACUUGCAAGCAAAAAUAUUCCAGAAUGCUGAAGAUGGGGCCCGCAAAUGUAUCGUAGCUACUAAUAUUGCUGAGACAUCUUUGACUGUGGAUGGAAUCUUCUACGUAAUUGACUCAGGUUAUUGUAAAAUGAAGGUGUACAACCCGCGGAUGGGUAUGGACGCUCUGCAAGUGUUCCCUGUUAGCCAAGCUGCUGCUGAACAACGUGCUGGGCGUGCAGGAAGAACUGGGCCUGGCACUUGUUACCGCCUUUAUACUCAGAGUGCGUACGACAAUGAGUUGCUGCCCAGUCCUGUACCGGAAAUUCAGAGGACCAAUCUUGGCAAUGUGGUUUUAUUGCUCAAGUCUCUCAAAAUCGAUAACCUAUUGGAUUUUGAUUUCAUGGACCCACCUCCUCAGGAAAACAUCCUUAAUUCUAUGUACCAGUUGUGGGUCUUGGGUGCCCUUAACAAUGUUGGAAAUCUGACGGACCUUGGUUGGAAAAUGGUUGAGUUCCCGCUGGACCCACCCCUGGCGAAGAUGCUCUUGAUUGGAGAACAGCUAGGAUGCAUAAAUGAGGUUCUGACAAUUGUGUCAAUGCUUUCGGUUCCCUCGGUUUUCUUUAGGCCAAAAGAUAGGGCAGAGGAGAGUGAUGCUGCAAGGGAGAAAUUUUUUGUGCCUGAAUCUGACCACCUAACGCUGCUUAAUGUUUACCAGCAAUGGAAAUCUAAUCAGUACCGUGGAGACUGGUGUAACGAUCAUUUUCUGCAUGUCAAAGGGCUGCGCAAGGCUAGAGAGGUGAGAUCCCAAUUACUGGAUAUCCUCAAGACCCUGAAAAUUCCGCUCACUUCUUGUGGUUUUGAUUGGGACGUUGUUAGAAAAGCCAUUUGUUCGGCAUACUUCCAUAACUCUGCAAGACUUAAAGGGGUUGGGGAGUAUGUUAAUUGUAGGAAUGGAAUGCCAUGCCACUUGCAUCCAAGCAGUGCUUUGUAUGGUUUGGGUUACACUCCAGAUUAUGUGGUUUAUCAUGAGUUGAUUUUGACAACCAAGGAGUACAUGCAGUGUGCAACUGCGGUGGAGCCCCAGUGGUUGGCCGAGUUAGGUCCCAUGUUUUUUUCGGUUAAGGAUUCAGAUACAUCAAUGUUGGAGCAUAAAAAGAAACAAAAGGAAGAGAAAACAGCCAUGGAGGAGGAGAUGGAGAGUUUGAGGAUGGUCCAAGCAGAGGAGGAGAGACGGAGCAAGGAAAAGGAGAGGCAGAAGAGGGCAAAGCAACAGCAGCCAGUCUCGAUGCCAGGUUUGCGACAAGGCGCUUCUACUUACCUAAGACCUAAGAGGCUCGGUUUGUAAAUAUUAUUAUGUUGUAUUAUAUUGUCACUAUUGGGUCAAUACAAACUAGUUCUAUUCACCCCUUUAACUUCAAGAAGCAUUGUCUAAUUUAAGCAGAGUGUACAGUUUACGGGUGAAAACAAUGACAAAUGAUGUGCUCCAUUUGGAGCAAGCAUCCGUUAACAUGACUGUUCCAGCAAUCCAAUUACUUUGUAUUUGCUACAGAUUGGGUUUUAAUGUAUGCCUACUGAA